CUCUUACAUUCGUACCUAGUCGACUACAUACAUUUGUACCUAGUCGACUACAUACAUCCGUACCUAGUCGACUACAUACAUUCGUACCUAGUCGACUAUAUACAUUUGUAGUCGACCAGGUCCAAACGUCUCCGCAACUAUGGAUGGCGGUGGUUUUAUCCUGUCGCCGCCAGCAUCCUCGACCACCUCCUCGAAUACCGCGACUCGCCUUCCCCACCCACGCGAAUCGCCCCUCAGACCUGGCGGCAGCAAAGAAAGCACCUUCAUACGCUACGUUGAUCAGCAGAUUCUCCACAUCCAGCGCCGUUUUGCCAAACGUACAUCGCCCCAAACCGACCAGCUGUCAGACAUCGACCGCGACAAGGCGGACACGUGGGGAGAUGUGAAAGGAUAUGCAUCUAUGAAAGAGGCGUGUAAAGACAUAGAGGAAUUGCUGAACGUGAUUUGGAUCAGUGGAACGCCGAGCUUGCAAGUGCCAUAUCUAAUCAGCCUUGCGUUGCUGGUGGGUAAUGUUGUGCAAGCCAUGCCACCUACGCCCAGAAGUCUGUUCCAGACUCUCGGCAAGCUCGAUCAUGCGUUUGCGAGCCUUCUACAGGGUCGAGAUCUUGAUACUGGCGAGAGGUUGCCUGGCUUCAUUGGAGAGCGAGGGGUGAGCGGGACAGAAAAGGUGAGGAUAAGGAGUCUAGCGGAGCGGACGAGAAUCAGUGUAGUCGAGGCUUUCAAGAAGGGGGAGUUGGAGGAUGAUCGGCCUGAAGCCGAGGAGUUCGAAGAGGACAGGAUGGACACAGACACUGAUGGUGAGCUGGUCUUGGAGAAUGCCGAGAAGGCUGGGCUGGACGAUGACGAUGAUGAUGAUUUCAAUCUGAAGAUUGCUCGAGUCUACGACGCCACAAUGGUUGAAUUGGGUGACAGCUUGGAGCAGCCAUCCAUUGGUAUCAUCACAGAGGGACGGGGAUGAAUGGAAGGGGCCCCGUGCGGCCGUGGCCCUCAUGAUGGAGACGCAGCACAGCAGAGGGACAUGACACGGAUGGGAAUCUGCCAGCACAGGAAGCUGGCAGUGUGUUCCGUCGACCGGGACGAUAUGUGUCCCCAGAGGGAUUUCCCACGGUGAUUCGCUCCCACAUGGUGCAGACGGACAGGCGGAGUAAUAAUAGUGUUCUGCCCUUUGGCUUCUCCCUAGAAACAUUGAAGUGAAUUGAAGCUGCAUUUGAUGGUGGGAACAGCCGCAGGGGUGAAUCGAGAUCAAAGUCGACGAGACGCGCGCGUCGUGCCUUCCUCGCAAAAGCUCGAAACUGCGCUCUGCUGCAAAACAACGACCAUUGCUGUUCUGAACAUCACCAUCAACACAUAUCGACACCAUGAUGAACUUCCGGUCUCGUGGAGUGAGCGCAGCGCUUUCGACUGCCGAUCUGGAUGCCCCCCUCUCGAAGACGACGACCCUGCGAACGGGCAAGGAGCGAGCACGCGAUGAUCAGCCGGUGGAAGACGCGCUUGCAGCUGGCGUCCAGCUUAUCAGUCUUACAAGUGGCACUGAUGGCGGUGCGGACGGCCUGCUACAGUACAUUGGGGACCACGAGGACAUUGCCUUCAUGAUGACCGAAGCCAGGGAGGAAAACAGUCAAUUUGACUCAUCAACACCACGAGAACCGCGAGCUCUACGUCUCUCGGUGAGUACGAACGAGUCAACACACGACGCCAACAAGAGAGUUAAAAUAGAAGUUUAUCUCAAUGGCGCGCUGUGCGAUGUCCAUCUCGUGAAGCACAGAGAGGAAGGCCUAGAGGCCACAUACACCACCAAUGGCACUCGAAUCCAUGAGCAGGUCGACAUGCCAUGGGUUUAUCAGCCUUCGGCGACUCGACCCUCGAGUGCUCAGACAGCCAAGACCCGAUGGUUGGGCACUUCUCUGGCACUCAAGGAAGAAGUGAGCCGACGCGGGCUGGAUCGCUGGGGGCGCCGUCCACCAGCCGCUGAUUUCCUUGCCGCGCUCGCAGACGUUUCCCUCCCUGCAGGCCUGGUGGACCAUGCCCAUAUGGGUAUCGUGGAUAUCAUCGUCGUUUCCGGGACAGAUGUCAGAGACAGUGGAAUUGGCGGAUCCAUGGCGCGGUCAAAGCGCUCAAGGAGCAAGAAGCACGAUCUCCGCAGCGCGGUCUCCAGCUCAGAUCUGCCACAAAGCUCGCCUGUUCGUGGAUUGUCGUCUGCUGGUGCUAGCGAGCGUGCUGGAGAGGGGUGGCUUGGGGAACCACCAUCUCCUGACGCCUCGAAGUCACCGAGGGCAGACGACAACCCAUUCGCAGGUGGGCGAGGAGCAAAGCCUGCAGAGCCUCUGCGAUCAUAUGCUGCACCUGCUCCGCCCUCUACGUCUCCGGCAGGCCCUCCAGUAAGGAGACAGCGACCACGCAAGCCAAAUGACAAGCUCAACCUUCCCAGGGCUGCAGCGCGAAGGACAGUGGCCGAGACAGAGCAGGCUGCCAAAGAAUUUGCAGAGAACCAUGGCAUAGCGUGGCGAAAAGAUGCUGUGAUUGAGAACUUCAUGGACCGGAGGGGCGCAGCGAGGGGGAACAGGUCUCUCACGCACAGAAUUCUGGAUCUUCAGAAGAUGACAGCCAAAAACAGAGCAGCCGCGGUACGACACCUUCAGCAGGACUAUCCUGCGGAACCAGUGACACCUGCACGUGCCCAGAAAAAGAGGAAAGUCAUUCCAUUCAAGCCCGGGACUCCUAGUUCGAAUCUGCUAGCAGCGUUCAUGCAAUCGCCCCCUUCUCCCAAGCCAGCAGCAGCGGAGGUGGUUCCCGAGGAAGGUACAACAGGCUCGCGCAUUCGAACCCGAGCCGACAUGGCCAUCGCAUACGGCGCGCCACCCAAUGGCAGACUCGUCGCGCUUCUCAAGGCAUGUUCCUCUCCAAAUCUGGACGAGCGCAGGGACACGCCACUGGCAAUCGAGAGCAGCAGCUCCGUGGAGCAGAAGACAGGCCGAGCAGCAAGGGUUGCGCCUCUGAUUCCUCAGUCAUCUCGUCGAACAACUCGCCGCAAUCCAGGCAGGCUCGAUGACCCAACGCCCGAAGAAGCCAUCGCCGGGUUUCUCAUUCCUGAAUCGUGCUUCGGCUCUGCCAUUAGCUACUCCGCGAACCAUCCCCAACGGCAGGUGGCCAAGUCGAGACCUGAAAAGUUUGAGGAAGAUGAAGUGAUCGUAGGCAUGCGAUUUGUGGUGGUUUAAAAAUAAAAGGAGACCUCACGGUAUUGGCUGCGCAUACUCGAUGGAGACUACGUUCGAAGGGCAUUGUCAGAAGCAAUACGCCGGAAAUUCCUUACAAAAACAGCGCUCGCAGGCGCCUUGUAAGAGACAAUACGCGGGAAGGUUCUUACAUAAACAGCGCUCACAGGUGCAACGUAAGAGACAAUCCGCCGGAAGUUCCUUACAUCGAAAGCGCUCGCAGGUGCAUUGUAAGAGACAAUACGCAGGAAGGUUCUUACAUAAGACAGCACUCGCAGGUGCAACGGAAGAGACAAUACGCUGAGAUUUUUGGAGUCUGCAGAAAGAACCCCGGCUCACAGCGUUCGUCAGAGACACAGCGCACCCUUCUGUAGCCAAAUCCAUUCAACCUUCCGUUCAGUACGUCUGAUGUUCCUUGACCUUGUCCCAAACGCUCUCAUCCGUCACGACGCGAACCUCCUUGCUAGUAUCCAGCUCGUUGAAGCGACGCAGAUCCAUUUCGCGGUCGAGCAAAGGUUUGACGUAUGGGUCGAAAGUCUGCCAAUAUGGGUUCUCGAGAUGGUACUUUUGCGAACUCUCAUGCGCAUAUCUCUCCACAAUCGUGAAAGAUCUCGGAUCGAUAUGAUCUUGCAUAACGAACCAUCCCAAAGUCUCCUUAUCCUUGGAAUAUACCUGACUCGCCUCUGCGAGUUUAGCUUUGAGUUUGGAGAGAUUUUCUUCGCCUUCUUUGGCGUGGAGGUGGACGACGAGGGUAUAGACCAUUUUGUUCUUUCUCUUUCUCUUUCUUUUCUUUUUCUUGGUGCUGUGUCUGGCGGGGAGAAGGGAGGAGGAAGUCGGGUUUGGAUUGCUGGCGGAGGUUUCUUUUGGUGGAGGAGGAGGUGGAAGUGAG